AUGCUGUGUCAUCGCCAGGCGAGCGCACUUUGCGCCGCGGACCCGCAAAUCCGCCCCCUUUCCCGCGACUCCGCGCGCAGAGCUCCUCACUGCGUGCGCAUCACCGCAACGGCGCAGAUUCCCGCGUCGAGGAACGAGCGCGCGCUAAGCAGCACUGCCACUUCCGCCACUCCCUCCCCCGCGCAUAGCCCCAGCGGCAGCUCCACGCUUGAAAGCGUUUCCGCUGCUAGUGUUUCCGCCGAUUCACCCCCGCCGAAUGGCUCCGCGCGUCCCCUUACAAACGGAUCAGCGACCAACGGCCGCGCGAAGGGCACGGGUGGGGAAAACGGGGAGGGAGAAGCGGAGAGGGAGCGGGCGGCGAUGCGCGCAGCGAUGCGGGAGCGGACGAGGGUGGUGCGCGCGAGGUACGCGCGCGUGAAGGACGUGCGGAAGGAGCACAUUCCCCCCGACGUGUUCGAUUACCUGCGCGCCGUGCAAGAAGUCAUUCAGGGGAAUCAAGGCGGCGAAUCCCGCGCGAGCAGCACUGCAUCUGCUGCGCCUUUCCCUUUGCCCUUUCCCCCGCUCCCGCUGCCCUUCCCCCAGCUCCCCCUGCCCGCCCCCCUGCCGCCGCUCCCCCUGCCCGUCCCCCCGUUCCUGGAGUCGCUAUUCCCCGGGUCCGCGGGGGCCGCCGUUGAGAGCAGCGCAGGCGCGGGGAGCGAAGAGCGCGCGGCGGAGAAGGCGGAGAGCGGGCCUCCGCGGUUCCUGUGCCCCGCGGAUGCCGUUCCGCCCAGCGACGCGGGGCUGCUUCCGCGGCUCUUCUUUCUGCCAGGCAUCGAGGGAACGGGGUUUGGCCUGCAGCUGCACCACAAGACACUCGCCAGGUAUGCCCUCGUCUGGACAGCCAAAGGUGAUCAACAGCUAGGCAAGGUGCACUCAAGGUUGUUCGAGGUGACCUGUCUGUACGUGCCUCUAUCUGAUCGCACGGACUUCACUCGUCUCGUUGAUCUGGUGGAGGAGGAGGUGGUGACCUGUCUGCACGUGCCACUCUCUGACCGCACGAGCUUCACUCGCCUCGUCGACCUGGUGGAGGAGGAGGUGGUGAGGGAGCACAAGCUGAACCCCUCCCGCGCGCUCUUCAUCCUGGGGGAGUCAUUUGGCGCCCUGCUCGCCCUCGCUGUGUCUGCCCGAAAUACCAAGCUGCCCAUCACCCUCGUGCUCGUCAACCCUGCAACGAGCUUUCCGCGCUCACCACUGCACCCACUGAUCCCAGUGCUGCGCUCCAUCCCACCGGACGUCUACCGCGUCUUCCCCUACCUUCUCAGCUUCACCAUGGGCAACCCCAUACGCAUGGCAUCAGGGCGAGUGCCCCUAGAUGCCUCUCCGCUCGACCGCCUAGUGCAACUCCGGCAGAACCUGCUCGACCUGCUGCCCAUCCUGCCCCUCGUGGCGGACAUUCUCCCCCAGGCCACGCUCCAGUGGAAACUGGACCUGCUGAAGGAGGGGGCGCUCGUGGCGGACAUACUUCCCCAGGAGACGCUGGAGUGGAAGCUGGAUCUGCUGGAGGAAGGGAGUGCUGCUGUGGAGCCUGUACUGAAAGACAUCAAGCACACCACGCUCAUUGUCGCCGGGGGUGAGGAUCAGAUGCUACCGAGUGAGGAAGAGGCAAAGCGGUUGCACAAGGAGAUGGCGGCUUGCAAAACGGUGGUCAAGCAGUGCCCCAACUCGGGGCACACGCUGCUGCUGGAGGCGGACAUAGAUCUGGCGAGCAUCAUCAAGGGCGCGGGCGUGUACAGGCGCAGCAGCAGCAGGCGGGAGGACCCGCAAGUGGACGGCUUCGUGCUGCCCACUGUGGAGGAGUUUGCACGCAGCAAGGGCGGCAUGGACGGCACGAUUCGUCUCAUGUGCUCGCCCGUGUUCCUGUCCACAGUGGUGGACGAUGCGCGAGACACCACCGACCUCAGCAGGGUCCUCAGGAACUUCUCUUCCCCCUCCCACUCCUCCCAUUCCUCCUCCUCUUCGUCGUCCGCACGCAUCGUGCUGGGUUUAGAGGGCAUACCAACAGACGAGCGCCCGCUGCUCUUCGUGGGAAACCACCAGACGUACGCGCCGGACCUCUCCCCCUUAAUCGCAGAGCUGCUCGCACAUGGAGUGCCACUAAGAGGACUUACCCACCCCGUCGCUCUCGGCAUGUUCCCCGGCUCCAUAGAGCACAACCCCAUGGCAGAGGAGUUCCGUCUCUUCGGCGCCGUGCCGGUGACGCCUAAAGUGCUGCACCGCCUGAUGGCCACCGACCAGGCGGCGCUGCUGUUUCCCGGAGGGAUGAGGGAGGCAUUGAGGAAGCGGGUGCUGCACCGCCUGCUCGCCACAGACCAGGCGGCGCUGCUGUUCCCGGGAGGCAUGCGGGAGGCACUCAGGAAGCGGGUGAGUGGCACUCGGGAGGAGAUGAAUGCAUGUUGGUGCUGGGCUGGUGAGUUGACCCUGGGAGGUGGCUCAUUGCACCACCUGAUGGCAACAGACCAGGCGGCGCUGCUGUUCCCAGGGGGCAUGCGGGAGGCGCUGAGGAAACAGGGCGAGGAGUACAAGCUCUUCUGGCCGCACCGCGCUGAGUUCGUGCGCAUGGCGGUCAAGUUUGGAGCAGUGAUCAUUCCCUUUGCAUCGGUGGGAGUUGACGAUGCAUACAAUUUUGUGCUGGAUGAGGACGAGCUACCCAACGUGCCCGUGUACGGGGAGAAGAUGAAGGGGUUCAGGGUUCCCCCUGUCUUCCCUCUGUGUUUCUUCCAUCUUCCCCAUCCCACCAUCCGCACCUUCCCCACCUUUGUGUUAGAUGCGGACGAGCUACCCAACGUGCCGGUGUAUGGGGAACAGAUCAAGCAGUUCAUGGACUAUGUGCCUAAAGUCAGAGAGGACGAGAUAGCGGGGCCAGCAGCAGAGCGCUUCCUGGCGCCAGUGGUGCUGCCCAACAAGAUCAACCGCCUCUACAUCAAGUUUGGAGCCCCCAUCCGCACCGCCGGCAUGCGGGAUGUGUUGACAGACCAGCAGGCAGCAGCAGCGCUGUACGCACAUGUGAAGGGGGAAGUGGAAGCAGGGAUAGAGUACCUGCUGAGAAAGAGAGAGGAGGACCCAUAUGCCGACCUUGGGGCGAGAUUGUUGUAUGAAGCCACGUGGGGGGGCGAGAGGCAAGCACCCACUUUCAAGCCCUGA